CUACGCUCUUCCAGCAGUCGGACCUGGGAAAUUCUCCUGUUCUAAAUCCCGAGGCACUCGCGGGCGUCGCCGCGGUGCAUUCUGGGAGUUGUAGUUUUCUCCACUCUGAGGGCGAAUGGCCCCGGACGGGAGCAGGACGCUGAGAGAACUACAUGCAGGAGGCGGGGUCCAGGGCGAGGGGAUCUACGCAGCUUGCGGUGGCGAAGGCGGCUUUAGUGGCAGCAUGAAGCGCACCCCGACCGCCGAGGAACGAGAGCGCGAAGCUAAGAAACUGAGGCUUCUUGAAGAGCUUGAAGACACUUGGCUUCCUUAUCUGACUCCCAAAGAUGAUGAAUUCUAUCAGCAGUGGCAGCUGAAAUAUCCUAAACUAAUUCUCCGAGAAGCCAGCAGUGUAUCUGAGGAGCUCCAUAAAGAGGUUCAAGAAGCCUUUCUCACACUGCACAAGCAUGGCUGCUUAUUUCGGGACCUGGUUAGGAUCCAAGGCAAAGAUCUGCUCACUCCGGUAUCUCGCAUCCUCAUUGGUAAUCCAGGCUGUACCUACAAGUACCUGAACACCAGGCUCUUCACAGUCCCCUGGCCAGUGAAAGGGUCUAAUAUAAAAUACCCCGAGGCUGAAAUAGCCGCUGCUUGUGAGACCUUCCUCAAGCUCAAUGACUACCUGCAGAUAGAAACCAUCCAGGCUUUGGAAGAACUUGCUGCCAAAGAGAAGGCUAAUGAGGAUGCUGUGCCAUUGUGUAUGUCUGCAGAUUUCCCCAGGGUUGGGAUGGGGUCAUCCUAUGAUGGACAAGAUGAAGUGGACAUUAAGAGCAGAGCGGCAUACAACGUAACUUUGCUGAAUUUCAUGGAUCCUCAGAAAAUGCCAUACCUGAAAGAGGAACCUUAUUUUGGCAUGGGGAAAAUGGCAGUGAGCUGGCAUCAUGAUGAAAAUCUGGUGGACAGGUCAGCGGUGGCAGUGUACAGUUAUAGCUGUGAAGGCCCUGAAGAGGAAAGUGAUGAUGACUCUCAUUUCGAAGGCAGAGAUCCUGAUAUUUGGCAUGUUGGUUUUAAGAUCUCAUGGGACAUAGAGACACCUGGUUUGGCAAUACCCCUUCACCAAGGAGACUGCUAUUUCAUGCUUGAUGAUCUCAAUGCCACCCACCAACACUGCGUUUUGGCUGGUUCACAACCUCGGUUUAGUUCCACCCACCGAGUGGCAGAGUGCUCAACAGGAACCUUGGAUUAUAUUUUACAACGCUGUCAGUUGGCUCUGCAGAAUGUCCGUGACGAUGUGGACAAUGGUGAUGUCUCUUUGAAAUCCUUUGAGCCUGCAGUUUUGAAACAAGGAGAAGAAAUUCAUAAUGAGGUCGAGUUUGAGUGGCUGAGGCAGUUUUGGUUUCAAGGCAAUCGAUACAGAAAGUGCACUGACUGGUGGUGUCAACCCAUGGCUCAAUUGGAAGCACUGUGGAAGAAGAUGGAGGGUGUGACAAAUGCUGUGCUUCAUGAAGUUAAAAGAGAGGGGCUCCCCGUGGAACAAAGGAAUGAAAUCUUGACUGCCAUCCUUGCCUCGCUCACUGCACGCCAGAACCUGAGGAGAGAAUGGCAUGCCAGGUGCCAGUCGCGAAUUGCCCGGACUUUACCUGCUGAUCAGAAGCCAGAAUGUCGGCCAUACUGGGAAAAGGAUGACGUUUCGAUGCCUCUGCCGUUUGAUCUCACAGACAUCGUUUCAGAACUCAGAGGCUUUUUCAGAGACUCUGGAGUGGACCCAGCCCUCUGGGGAAAGACAGAACUUAGAGACAUCCCAGUUUCUUACCACACCCAUAAGUGUUGUCCAAUAUGGUAGCCACUUGCUAGCUGCGGCUACUUCAAUUUAAAUUCAGUUUUAAUUUUAAUAUAAAAUGCAGCUCUUCAGUUGCCCUGGCCACAUUUCAAGUGCUUAAUAGCCUCAUGUGACUAGUGACUGCUGUAUGGACGGUACAGAUAUGGAACAUUUUCAUCAUUGAAGAAAGUCCUAUUGGACAACGCUUCUAUAAGAAGUUUGAAAGCAGGAAUUCUCAUUUCCAUUCUUCUGUAGCCUCUAUCCCCAAAGGCAAAGAAACUAAAAGAGAAAUGACUCAUUGAAGAUUGGCCUCUCUCCUUUCUCUAAGACAAACCUAAGUAAAAGCCUGAGCUUUGAGUUCUAUGCUCAGCGCACAGGAAGGAGAUGUUAACAAUUAAAAUAAAGUUGAUAUCCUGUCUUUAGGGAGUUUCGCUGAUCUCUUGAAAGAGACACAGCCCUAUUUACAUUAUUCCGCAGAUUUCACCAGCAUAGUAUAAUUUUUUCUGUAAGUCCCUCAUUCUUAUGUAAUAACAGGUGGAACUGAGGUUUGAAGAACCUCAGUGGCUCAUCCUGAUGACAUUGGAGACUCAGAGAGACAAGAGAGAGUAGGGUUUAAAACCUGAGCUUUAAGACUCCCACUAGCUUUGUGUCCUUUGGUAUUAACGUGCCUCAGUUUCCUCAUCUGUAUAAUGGGGAUACAUGAAAGGCACCACUCCCAAGGUGAACAUUAAGUGAGAUGAUUCUAGUUACAGACUUAGAACAAUUUCCAGCACAUAGUCAAAUAUCCAGGAAAUUCUAGUACUGUUAUGUGUGGGUGAACUGACCUGGAUGUAGAUGCUUUCAUCUUUCUUUCUGACCCCUCCGCCAGUUUUGUCUUGUGAUGCCGCUAACACAUCUCCCCCUUUCCGACCUGGCUCCCGCCCAAUGAUGUCCCAAGAAAUCGUGAGAAUAGUUAGCCCCCCUCUCCCCAGCCUGUUGCCCUCUCGUGUAGGUGUUCACAGUAGUAGUUGAGAAGUUGAAGAGCUUUUGCCCGUUGAAGGUGCACUGAGAAUAAACUCUUUCCUGCCACCAGAAUUGCAGUGGUUCACGGCCUACACUCAUUCCCAUGCAGUUAAUAGACACAGGAAUGUCUUGUUAAGCAAAGCGGCCAGGGUCUCAUCGUGUUGAGACUCGAGUCUCUCAGACCUUGGAUUCAUCCCCUGGUGUCUUUGAGCCUCGGUUUCCACAUUGGUAAAAGAGAAGUGAAGCACUGUCUCACAGGGUCAUCACAGAGAUUAAAUGAAAUAACGUAGACCAGGAGGGCAUGGCGUUUAAAAGUCACAGAUGGGGCACCCUCGGGCCAUCCAGCCCAGUGUUUUCUUUAGCCCCUAUGAUGUUCAUUUUUUGUUAUAUUCCAUUAGGUGCCAAUAUUUUUAAAAUGGGAGAUUUCACAUAAAAUUAAAAGGUCUGCAUUUUCUUUUUUUUUUUUUUUUUUUUUUUUUGAGACGGAGUCUUACUCUGUCACCAGGCUGGAGUGCAGUAGCACGAUCUCAGCUCACUGCAGCCUCCGCCUCCCAGGUUCAAGUGAUUCUCCUGACUCAGCCUCGCGAGUAGCUGGGGCUACAGGCACGUGCCACCACGCCCAGCUAAUUUUUGUAUUUUUAGUAGAGAUGGGGUUUCACCAUGUCGGCCAGGAUGGUCUCUAUCUCCACCUCGUGAUCCACCCACCUCGGCCUCCCAAAAUGUUGGGAUUACAGGCGUGAGCCACCGCGCCCAGCCAAGGUCUGCAUUUUCUUUAGAACUCAGAACACCCAGUAGUCCUAGGGCCCCAUCCUCGCAUGGCAACAAGCUAAAUAGCAUCUUCCCACUGCGAGUUGGGGCAUGACCCAGCCUAUGGUUUGCCAUACUCCCUCUUUUUCUCCAUUUUAUCAUUAAUUGUGAACCUGACCCGUGUCACCUCUUCAUGUUAGCGCUCUCCAAACCUGCUUGCUUGCACCCCUCUAGUCAAAAUGUUUUGUGCUCACCCCAAUAUAUGUGUGACUAUUGAGCUCUAUUUGUAGACUGCUUGUACUAAUGUCAUGUGCAUCAUAAAAUAUUCAUAUCCAAUAAAAAUAUUAAAAGGAUGAGAUAAGAAACCAA